AUGGACUUUGUAAGUUGUACUCUUGUUUUUCUGUUAACAUGCUUAUCCAUUCAUGCUCUUUAUUCACUCCUUACUAGAAUAACUAAACCAAACUAUAAGCUUCCACCAGGACCUUCCCCUCUUCCAAUCAUAGGGAACCUCCUUGAAUUAGGAGAAAAACCUCACAAGUCAUUGGCCAAGCUAGCGAAAAUUCAUGGCCCUUUAAUGAGUCUCAAGUUUGGCCAAAUAACCACUAUUGUUAUCUCCUCAGCAACAAUGGCUAAAGAGGUUCUCCUAACCAAUGACAAGUUCUUGUCAAAGAGAAACAUACCUCAAACUGUGUCAGUUCUCAACCAUGAGCAGUAUAGUCUUGCUUUCAUGCCCAUUUCACCACUUUGGAAGGAAUUGAGAAAAAUAUGCAACACUCAAUUACUUUCUCACAAGAGUCUUGAUGCCAGCCAAGACGUUAGGCGUAAAAAAAUUCAACAGCUUCUCAAUGAUAUCCAUCAAAGCAGUAAAAUUGGUGAAGCUAUUGACAUUGGAACAAUAGUGUUCAAGACUACCAUAAAUUUACUAUCAAACACCAUUUUCUCUAUGGAUUUGAUUCACUCAAAUGGUGCAGCAGGAGAAUUUAAGGAUGUGGUGACGAAUAUAACCAAACUUGCUGGAACACCAAAUGUGGCUGAUUUUUUUCCUGUAUUGAAGUUGCUUGACCCACAAGGCCUAAAAAGAAGACAAACAAAAAAUGUUGGGAAAUUGUUAGACAUCUUUGAAGACUUGGUUAACCAACGUUUGGAAAUGAGGGAAGGCACAAGUGUAGACACCAAUAAAGACAUGUUAGAUGCCAUGCUUAACAUUUCCAAGGAGAAUGAGUUUAUGGACAAAAAUAUGAUUCAACAUCUAUCACAUGAUAUAUUUGUUGCUGGAACGGAUACAACGACAUCAACACUAGAAUGGGCAAUGACAGAGCUUAUUCGCAAUCCAGAAGCGAUGCAAAAAGCCAAGAAAGAGUUGAAGCAAACAAUUGGGUGUGGUGUGCCACUUGAAGAGUCAAAUAUCACUGAGCUCCCAUACUUAAAUGCAAUUAUAAAAGAAACACUUCGAAAGCAUCCACCAGUUCCAUUUUUACUGCCCCGAAAAGCUGAGAGAAAUGUUGAGAUAAGUGGCUACAUUAUUCCAAAAGAUUCACAAGUACUAGUUAAUGUAUGGACUAUUUGUAGGGAUGCUAACUUGUGGGAGAAUCCAACAUUGUUCUCUCCAGAAAGGUUUUUAGGGUCUGAUAUUGAUGUCAAAGGAAGGAAUUUUGAGCUUGUGCCAUUCGGUGGUGGUAGGAGAAUUUGUCCUGGUUUGCAAUUGGCUAAUAGGAUGUUAUUGUUAAUGUUGGGUUCAUUAGUUAACUCUUUUGAUUGGGAGCUUGAAGGUGGCAUGAAACCAGAAGAUAUGGAUAUGGAUGAUAAAUUUGGACUUACUCUUCAAAAAGCCAAACCCCUUCGAAUUCUUCCUCUCCCUCCAAUUAAUUAA